CACGAUAGUGAACGGCAGCGGGACGGUCGUGUUCACGUCGCAACAUCGCGAGGAAUUCGUGCAGAACGAAACAGACUUCGUGGACGCGUUCAAUGCCUUCACCCCUGCAGAUCCAAAAUGCGGAGCAAAAUGGAGCGAGGGGCGCCAUCCUGUUCAGCGAUCCGGCGGACGUGGCGGCGGAGGGGGCGGAUGAGGUAUUCCCCGACACCUGGUGGUUGCCGGGGUCUGGCAUGCAGAGGGGGUCGGCCUUCCUGGGGGACGGUGACCCCUUAACCCCCGGAUGGCCCUCCACAGAGCAUGCCCACCGCAUACAGCCAGAGGACGCUGGCUUCCUGAGCAUCCCUGCACAGCCCAUAGGCUACGACGACGCCUUCGAAAUUCUCAAGCGGUUGGAUGGUGACUCAUCACCCGAAGAGUGGCGAGGUGGGUUGAACCUCACAUACAACCUGGGUCCGGCCUUCCUGCCUGAGUACUCUGAUGAGAUCCUGCGCCUCAGCACCCACAACUACGAGGACACCUUCUUGUCCUACAACGUCUUCGGCACCAUCACGGGCGCCGUCGAGCCUGACCGGUAUGUGCUGCUGGGCAAUCAUCGCGACGCCUGGGGCUACGGGGCCAGCGACCCGUCCAGCGGGACGGCCCAGCUUCUCGAGACCGCCAGGGUCAUGGCCCAGCUCGUGAAGCAGGGUUGGCGCCCGCGUCGCACGAUUGUUUUCUGCUCGUGGGGCGCCGAGGAGUUUGGGCUGAUAGGCUCCACCGAGUGGGUUGAGGAGCACGUGGACAAGCUGCAGGCGCGCGCGGUGGCCUACGUCAACACAGACACCUGCUCCACGGGACCCCUGCUGGAGGCCCCGGCCAGUCCGCUGCUCUGGGACAUCAUCAAGACCGUCACGGCGAUGGUCCCAGGGGUUCGCAACGCGUCGAAGACCGUCUACCAGGAAUGGGUUGAUUAUUACGGCACCGAGGACGUACCGUGAGUACCGUGCUAAUGUGGCCCCAUAUAUACCAUGAGUACCGUGCUAACUUGGCACCUUACCGUAAGUACCGUGAUAACUUGGUCCCAUAUAUACCAUGAGUACCGUG